AUGCUGUAUAUCCACUGGAUUAUUCUUUUCCUUCCAGCUGGUCAGGUUCGUGGGAAGAGGCUACUCUUUGAACUUCUGAAGAAAUUAGAUGCAGAGUUAAAGCAUGAAGUGUGCCAUUGGGCUGCUUAUUAUGUCAGAUCAUAUACCAGAAAGAUAAUUUCAGAGUUUUACAAAGAAGGAGUAAAUCCUCUAUGA